AUGGCGGGGUUUCUGAUUCCUCCGUGGUACAAGGCCGAAACGCCAAAGGAUCUGGAGAUGAACAUCGUCAGUCUGAUCUUCGGCUUCAGCAUGGGUGCGUCGAUGUUCACUGCCUCGAUGGCUAUCAAGCAGACGAUGCAGGCGUACCGGAGAAAAAGGCUUUUCAGCACAUACAUCAUCAUCAUGCAGAUCCAAUUCACCCUUCAGAUCAUCAUCAACCGAAUAUCACUCCUGCUCGCCAACAAGACAAACAUCAACAGAGUCAAAUGGGGCGUUGCAUUGAUCGCGACCCUCAUCAACGUCAGCGGCUUCUGCAUCUGGAUCCCGGCCCGUCUACAGAUCUCUCAUUUAUACGAAGAAACAAACAUCGUCUGGGAUCGAACCGAAAAGGCCGUCUUCUUGAUCGUCGAUCUAUCGCUCAACCUUUACUUCAUAUACCUUGUGCGAUCGAGACUUAUCGCUUGCGGGUUGACCAAGUAUACUGAACUAUUUCACUUCAACGUCAUCAUGGUUGUGAUAUCUGUGUCGUUGGAUUGUGUUCUGAUGGGAGCUACCUUUCUCCCUAGUCCUGUCGUCUAUGUCCAAUUCCACCAGCUCGUCUACCUUCUCAAAUUAUACAUCGAGAUGAACGUCGCUUCCCUUCUCGGCCACAUAGUCAAGAGCUCGAGAGAACUAGACGCUCGACCGAAGGAAGGAGGCCGACCAAGGGGUCGUGACGAGUUGGUGAGCGGUCGUAUGACAACGUUGAUCACGGCGAGUCGCACAGGUCAUGUCCGACUGGAUGAUAUGUCGCGCGAUGACUCUUACCGAAGGACAUCCGACUGGGAGAAUGGCAUUGUGAAGAAGGUGGAGACCAAGGUUGUGUUUUCGGAAACCCAGGACCAGGCAUCCACCUCGGACCAAGAGCGAAUGCCUAAAGGGCUUAGUAUCUUCCCCGGCUUCACGGCCCUAUCGGAAAGAAUCUUCGUUCGGACCGGCGAAGAACAGACAGGCAUCGAACCAAACCCGGGACAUCCUCGUACAGUCGUGCUCUACGGUUGGGGCGAUGCACCUCCAAGACACAUCUCAAAGUUUACCGAUGACUAUCGACAGCUUUACCCUCAUGCCAAGCAAGUCGCGGUUCUGUCGCCUAUCUACAAAGGGUUCUUCGAUAAUGUGACUCAACGGACAGAUGACAUGCUUCCGGUUAUCCAUGAGGUCUUUCCCAAUGAUACAUCGGACAGCUCGGUUUUAUUCCAUGUCCUAUCGAAUUCUGGAGCCAUCAACUACUCAGCCACCUUGAAUGCCUACAAAGAGACCUACAACCGGCCGAUGCCCCAUGCGCUGACGGUCUACGACUCUACUCCCGGAACUUCAGAUCUUACGUGGGAUAACCUCAAACGAUGGUCUCACGCCAUGGCCAUCGGACCAGCAACAAAGCUCCCCUGGCCAUUCAUCGUAACUCAACUUCUAUGCGCUUGGUUCUUCUGCAUGAUUCACCUAUUCGACUAUCUUGUGGGAAGAGAAUCUGCGCCCAAGUUCAGCCACAGGAUCUUCAACGAUGAGCAGUGGGAGAGCAAGAAGAGCACAAGGCUUUUCUUAUACGGGAAGGAUGACUCUCUUAUCCCGUGGCAGCAUGUUGAGGGACACAUGGCCGCUUCACGCGAAGCUGGAUAUCCCGUUGAAGGUGAAUUAUUUGAAAGUGGACAUGUUGGGCAUAUGAGGAAGGAUCCGGAGAGGUAUUGGGGGACUAUUCGAGAGUCUUGGGAGAGGGCUGUAGGUAGAUCCUAG